ACACGGCCUUAGACUUUUAGAUGAAUACAUCAAUACGAUGUAUUAUACAUCUCAAUAUCGCCGUCUCAUCACGCUAUAAAAUCGCCUUCCUCUUGCCUCCUUCCAAUCCACCAGCUGAGCUCCACUGCACUCCACUCCAGCACCUAACUCUUGCCUCCUCUUGUGCACCUGCACGCGCGGUGGCAUCGAUCCUGUCCCACUCGUACCUAAGUAUGCGGCACUUGCAAUCUUCAGUCGAGCACCUGGCGGCGAUGGCCGCCGCCACGCCGUCGCCGGCGCCCGCCAGCGUCCACACGGACACGUUCCUCAUCAUCGCCGCCGUGCUCUGCUUCCUGCUCUGCGUCGUCGGGCUCGCCUUCGUCGCGCGGUGCUCGCUGCUGUGCAAUCCCUCGGCCUACUCCGUCGACGCGGAGCCCGCGGCGGCAAUGCCACCGGCGCCGUGCAAAGGGCUCGGGAAGAAGGCGCUGCAGUCGCUGCCGACCGUGUCGUUCGAGGCCGACGAGAGGGACCAGGACCAGGAGGAGAGGCCGGAGUGCGCCAUCUGCCUCGCCGAGUUCGCGCGCGGCAACGAGGUCCGCGUGCUCCCGCCGUGCGGGCACUGGUUCCACGCGGCGUGCGUCGACGCCUGGCUACUGUCCAGCUCGACGUGCCCCUCCUGCCGCCGCGCCCUCGUGGUGGUGCCGGCACAGGCACCCCCAGACCCUCCGUCGUGUUGUGCGUCAGCUCAGGCCUCGACGGAAGCAGAGUACUCCGUCGCCGUCUCCGGCGAGCGCGGCCCUUGCCAGACGCCAGAUCCUUAGGCACGCCAGCGUCCAUGUGCACCUACCUUGUACAUACAUACAUACGUGCUCGAUUUUAAAUCUCCUUCCUGCUACAAUUAGGGAAUGCAACUGUAUAGUGUGCAAAACCACUUGUGUCUGCCUGUGAUAUUUUGAUCCGUACAGUAUAUACAAGCAAAACUUUAUCA